GCUAUCGUUUAUUAUGGCUGCGCUCUAGGAUGCGUGGCUCUUCGGCGAAACUUGUCAUCGUCUUUUAACCAAGUUUACCUUAUUUAUUUACGUCAUGUCAGCGCGCAGUAUGCUUAUACACCUCCCUCGGCUUUUGCACCGCUCCUUUGGUGCCAGGAGGUCGUUUUUAGCGAAUUUAUACCACACUCAGCGUGGUGUGUACGGUUUCAGACCGAGAGACGGUCCAGAAAGACGGGCAGAGUUAACGCAGAUCUCCGCUCUUAACCGAGAUCACGGACUGGCGAGACUGGUGGAGGCCUAUCGAGCACAUGGACACAAAGUAGCUAAAAUUAACCCCUUACUACCACAAAGUCCCGUGCUGGAGAGUGUACCGGAGAUAAGCCUGCUGAAUGGAGCUGUUCGUGGAGUCCUCAACACUACCGGGUUGCGGCACUUUGGUAAAGCUGAGGCGACUGCAGAAGAGGUUGUGGCGUAUCUGGAAAGCACAUACUGUGGGGGAAUCUCAGUGGAAACCUCUCAGCUGCAGACCUUACAGGAACGAGAGUGGUUUGCUGACCGCUUUGAGGAGCUCAAAAAAGAGGCGUUUUCUCCAGAGGAAAGGAGAAUGCUGGCUAAACUGAUGCUCGAGUCACAGGAAUUUGACCACUUUUUAGCCACUAAGUUUGCAACUGUGAAGCGGUAUGGAGGCGAGGGAGCAGAGAGCAUGAUGGGAUUUUUCUACGAGCUGUUUCGCUCUUCAGUAUACAGUGGAGUGACGGAUGUGGUUAUGGGAAUGCCUCAUCGCGGACGCCUUAAUCUGCUCACCGGCCUUCUUCAGUUUCCUCCUGAGCUCAUGUUUCGUAAGAUGAGGGGUCUCAGUGAGUUUCCGGAGCACUCUCCCUCUAUCGGAGACGUCUUGUCCCAUUUAACGUCUACAGUGGAGCUUGACUUCGGGGCAGGACACCCUCUCCAUGUCACAAUGCUGCCCAAUCCUUCCCACCUGGAGGCCAUCAACCCUGUGACACAGGGAAAAACACGAGGCCGACAGCAGGUCAAACAGGACGGUGACUACUCCACUGACCCUCAUUCACGACCGGGAGACAAAGUCAUCUGCCUGCAGGUUCAUGGCGAUGCUUCAUUUUCAGGACAAGGAAUAGUACCGGAAACCUUCACCUUGUCAAAUCUUCCUCAUUAUAGAGUGGGUGGAAGCAUCCACCUCAUUGUAAACAAUCAAGUGGGCUACACCACUCCCUCUGAGAGGGGAAGAUCAUCUCUCUACUGUAGUGAUGUUGGUAAAAUGGUGGGAUGUGCAAUAAUCCAUGUGAACGGCGAUGAUGCUGAAGAAGUCCUCAGAGCGACCCGGCUGGCGGUGGAGUACCAGCGACGCUUCAGAAAAGACGUCAUUGUCGAUCUGCUUUGUUACCGGCAGUGGGGCCACAAUGAGCUGGACGAACCCUUUUUCACAAACCCUGCAAUGUAUAAAAUAAUACGGUCAAGAAAAAGCAUCCCAGAUUCCUAUGCUGACCAGCUGAUCUCUGAGGGUCUGAUGACAGACGAGGAGCGCAGUCAGAUCAAGACCAGCUACUACGCUACGCUCAACAACCAGCUGACUAACAUGACCCUCUACAGCCCUCCACCCACAAACCUGCAGGGCCGCUGGGGAGACCUGGUGGAGCCCCAGAAUAGAGUCUCGUGCUGGGACACUGGCGUCGCACAGCCCCUGCUGCAGUUUGUUGGAGCCAAAUCAGUGGACAUACCUGAGGAGAUCAUUCUGCACAGUCACCUGAGGAAGACACACGUGCAGGCACGUCUGCAGAAACUAGAAGAGGGCACAAAAUUGGACUGGUCCACAGCGGAGGCUCUGGCGUUUGGCACAUUGCUAUGCCAGGGGUUUAAUAUCCGUAUCAGUGGUCAGGAUGUGGGUCGGGGAACGUUCAGUCAGCGCCACGCUAUGGUUGUGUGUCAGGAGACCAACGACAUGUUCAUCCCACUCAAUCACAUCAGCUCUGAACAGAAGGGCCACUUGGAGGUGUGUAACAGUGCUCUCUCUGAGGAAGCGGUUCUGGGUUUUGAGUAUGGGAUGAGCAUUGCUCAGCCUCGACUGCUGCCCAUCUGGGAGGCUCAGUUUGGAGAUUUCUUCAACGGUGCCCAGAUUAUAUUUGAUACUUUCCUCUCUGGAGGUGAGGCUAAAUGGCUCCUGCAGAGUGGACUGGUCAUUUUACUGCCACACGGGUACGAUGGGGCCGGUCCUGAGCAUUCAUCUUGCCGAAUCGAGCGCUUCUUACAGCUCUGCGACAGUAAAGAGGAAGGUGUGGACGGGGACACGGUCAACAUGGCGGUGGUGAAUCCCACACUUCCAGCUCAAUACUUCCAUCUUUUGAGGAGGCAGAUGAUCAGAAACUUCCGGAAACCGCUGAUCGUGGCCUCUCCCAAGACUCUGCUGCGCUUUUCUGGGGCAGUGUCAGGCUUGUCUGAUAUGGGACCAGGAACGUCCUUUAAGCCGAUUAUUGGUGAUUCUUCUGUGAACCCUGCAAGUGUGCAGCGGGUUCUGUUUUGCUCAGGUAAACAUUACUAUGCCCUGCUGAAACACAGAGAGACGAUACCUGAGGCGGAAAAAAACACAGCGCUAGUCAGGGUCGAGGAACUGUGUCCUUUCCCCACAGAAGCUCUGCAACAGGAACUAAAUAAAUACACAAACGCCAAAGAGUUCAUCUGGAGUCAAGAGGAGCCACAGAACAUGGGCUGCUGGUCAUUUGUGUCACCGAGGUUUGAAAAACAGUUAGCCUGCAAGUUGCGGUUGGUCAGCAGACCCGCAUUACCCGCUCCGGCUGUAGGCAUCGGAACGCUUCACCAUCAGCAGCAUGAAGCCAUCCUGACUUCGUCUUUCUCCUGAGUCUGCACAACUGUAAACUUCAACAAAUGGCCGUCUGCUAUUGCAUGCCGUCUACAAACACAGCCUGACGUUUGCUGUCAGAGCACUACACAGUGGCAGGUUUGACAGGUUUGACUCUUAUUCCCUUGCUUAUAAGGGAGCGUCUGUUAACUGAACGUUUAUUACUGGCAUCCUGAAGGGGUUUAUUAUCAGUAUAUAGUUUUUAAGGUAUCUUAAUUGAUAUUUUGGAUGCUUUUCUGUGGGUUCACAUGAUUAGUGAUUGUAUAGAGAUGAUAUUUUAAAAGAGGAGGCUGUUUGAGUAUUGUGUCGUUAAUUUCUUGAAGCACUUUUUGAAGUUUGAUAUAUUUACAGGAGACUGUAGGGAGGAAAAUAAAUAAUAGACAUUAUUACCGUAGCAUUAAAUUGAGUAUUUCAAUGUGAACUGAUAGUGGGUCAGGAUCAUGUUCAUGUGAACUUAAACAGAUUUUUAUUACAUUUAUCAGAUGAAUGUAUUUCAAUGUGAAAAGUAUUACUUGCAAGAAUUUUAGAGCUGAACAUGAUGAAAUCUAAUUUUGCUCACAAAGUUGCUGAAUGGUUUACAUGUGUUUUUUUUUAACAUGCCCAUCAUAAACCCAUCCAAAUCUUUAAA